GACGAAAUCGGGGCGCUCCCCGGGCGAGACGUCCAGAAAAUGAGGGUCGUCGGGCCCUGGCUCGUCCUGGCGCUCUUAGGCUGGAGCCACUGCAGCGGUUUUAACGCCCGGGAACCGCAGACGGAAGUUCCUUCUCCGAAAAACGUUACUGUAAAAUUAUAUAACGACAACAUCUCUGUAUACUGGGAUUAUGGAAGCCCAUCCUUAAAACCUUUAUUUACAGUGCAGAUCAAGUGCUACGGCACUGGUGUUUACAAGGAAAUUGAUACUUGCAUUAACAUAAAGCAACAUUAUUGUGAUCUUACCAACAAAACUGAUAACUGUGAAACUUUCUGGGUAGGAGUGAAAGCUGUUUCUGGACAACACCAAUCUGAAUACGUUGAACAAAAAUUUGACAUUCUCAGGGAUGGCCGAAUAGGACCUCCAAAGUUCAAUCUUUCCAUUGAUAAUCAGGAUAUUGUAGUCAAUAUUGAACCGCCUUUAUUUCCAUAUGGUGACCUAAUUGAGGAGUUUACCUACAAAUUGUUCAUUUGGAAAAGGGAAAACCCAGAAGAGCGACAAGAGAUUAUCUCAGAGGACUGGUAUCUUGACUCAUCCACUUUACCUCUGUCUGUUUCUUUGGAUACCUCUUACUGUAUUUCCAUUCAAGUCUUUUCACCGACACUAACAAAGGUUGGUGAAGAAUCAGAAGAAAAAUGCAUCUCACCAACUCCCAAGUCCCGCCUAGGUUUUACCCUAUUUUUAUGUUUUGGAAUUAUUGCCUUGGUUACUCUGGCAAUCAUUCUUGUCGUAGUCUUUAUAAAAUGUCGGGAGAGAAGAAUUACGCUUCCAAAAUCUCUGGUGGCUGUGGUAAGAAACCAAGUCAGCAAUGCCGAAUUUAAGUCAGAAUGCAAAUAUGACACUAUAACAUCAACAUCCUACAAGCCAAUGGUAACGUGUGAAGAUGAAAAACCAGUAGAGAAAUUAGAUGUCGCUGAGAAGGUAAAUAUCGCUGAUCCCAAUUAUAGCAAAGAAGUAGAUAUCGAUGAUUCCCAAGGAAUCCAAAGAGCAAGGAGCAUCCAAGAGGAUAUGGCUGUAGAAAUCUCUGAAAAUGAACAGAUUCAUGAAGACAAUGUCACAGAUUACUCUAAAUCGAUCACUGGCCAAGACACAUGUCCUGAUCUUCAAAAUCCGGAUCUUCCCAGAGCAGAUGUCCAAAAACCCACUGUCCUAAGGUGCUCAAUAAAACCAUCUGGGUAUGACAAACCCCACUGGGUAGACCUAAGUUCUGGAGAAGAAUUCUGAUGACCCUCCAAAAAUUGGAAAAACCGUUUUUCCUAUGAAAGAGCAUUAUUGGAAACUUCAUCAGAAGCAUCCACAGCCAUGCUUGUGAGCACUUUAAUCCUUGCAGUACAGUGGGACUUCAUAUAGCUUGAUGGUAUAAAACCUGACAUGAGCACUUGUAGAUGUCGAAGAACUGAACUGAAGCUACACUCCUAUAGAUACUUGGUAAAAAUAAGUCUUAUUGCAUUCACUCCAUUUUGAAUAGAUAUUCGUAAGAUUCUAAUAGAAUGGUUUCAUGAUAUGCCAAGAAGCUACUUUGAUAUCCUUUUAUUAAGGAGCCGGUAUUUUUUAAAUAUGUUAAGACUAUAAGUCCUAUAAUUCUUUCCUAGUGGCCUUGAUGAUUGUGUCCUGGAAUAACUGGAGAGCACUAUUCUGCCCUUUGUUCUCAGAGCAAUUAUUUUUCUCCUGCCAAAAGUAUAAAGACGGUUAAAGAUAGAGGGAUUAAUUGACAAGAGACUGGGAAUAUUAGAAAUGUAGUUUACUAUAUGUAGUAAGGGCAGUUUGUGCAGUUGGCUUUUUGCUGAUGGGAGAAAAAUACAAAGAG